GUGAGGCGUGAUCUCUCAUCAGUACCACUGAACACAAUGCGCUCCUGCGUUUGCCUCAGCAUCUUGUAUGUUCCAAAGGAUUGGAUAACACUAAAGACGCGAAAAUGUACAGUCAUUUGGACUCGUGGAUUUGUGUGAAUGUUUGGAUAGCUUUAUUGUCUUAUUAAUUACCGGAACUCUUAAAGUGCGACGUGACCAUCAUGAAAUUCCCUUUAGAAAAUCCAAAGAAACAGGUGAACUGGGAUCCGGAACAAGUGGCGGUUCAAACAAACAUAAUCCCACCAAAGAAGGUCCAGGCCGGUGGAGUUCAGUCCAGCUUGGUUCAAGCCAGCGUAGCUACCAUGCAGAACCCUAUGGGCUGUGAAAUUAAAACCAACGGCCACUGUCCUCUACCACGUCUCUCCAUCGCCUCUCGUUCGGCCAGCGUGGUCACAGGUAUGGACUCCGGAGGGGACGGAUCGACUCUUCAUUCUGUCAUGAAAUGGAAAACGGUCCUGGCUGUAUUUGUUGUGGUAGUGGUCUAUCUAGUGUGCGGUGGUCUGGCAUUUCGUGCAAUGGAGCAACCUUUCGAGAGUAACAAGAAAGACACCAUUGCUCAAGAGAAAGCUUCGUUUCUGCAGAGGAACCCGUGUGUUUCCACAGCAGAGCUUGAAGAUCUUAUUAAGCAUGCUGUAGAUGCGGUCAGCGCCGGAGUGAGUCCGAUUGGAGAAACAUCUCAUAAUUCCAGUCACUGGGAUCUCUCCAGUGCCUUCUUCUUCGCUGGAACCGUCAUUACCACUAUAGGCUAUGGAAACAUCGCUCCAAGCACCGAGGGCGGAAAGAUUUUCUGUAUUCUCUAUGCCAUAUUUGGCAUCCCUUUGUUCGGCUUCCUGCUGGCUGGGAUCGGCGAUCAACUAGGGACAAUGUUUAUAAAGAGCAUUUUAAAAGUGGAAAAGAUUUUCAGGCAGAAACACAAACAGAUCAGUCAGACUAAAAUCCGCGUCACCUCGACCAUUCUCUUCAUCCUGGCAGGCUGUAUCGUGUUUGUCACCAUACCAGCGUUUAUCUUCAAACACAUCGAGGGUUGGAGUACUUUAGAGGCGAUAUACUUUGUGGUUAUAACUCUUACGACUGUUGGCAUUGGAGACUACGUUGCAGGUGGGGAUCGUAAAAUCGAAUACAUGAAAUGGUACAAACCUCUGGUCUGGUUUUGGAUUUUGGUGGGUCUGGCUUAUUUUGCAGCGGUUCUGAGCAUGAUCGGAGACUGGCUCAGGGUUCUGUCCAAGAAAACUAAAGAGGAGGUGGGAGGGUUUAAAGCACAUGCAGCCGAAUGGAAAGCGAACGUUCGGGCGGAGUUACGAGAAACACGCAGGCGUCUCAGCGGCGAGAUUCACGACAAACUGCAGCGUGCCGCCACCAUCCGCAGCAUGGAGCGCAGACGUCUGGGACUGGAGCAGCGUGCUCACUCCCUCGACAUGCUGUCGCCUGAAAAAAGAGCCGUCUUCGCCAGCCUGGACACCGGACGUUUUAAGACCUCCUCGCACGAGAGUAUCGACACCAAACUGAACAAUCUCCGUCUCAAAGCCGAGAACAGCGGACAGCAGAUGUCCUCGGAGGAAAACAUCUUCAACCGUUUCGGCUCGCUCAACAAACUGGCCAAACGCAACAGGGUUAAAGAUCUCAGCAGGAACAUCCCAGAUGACACGAACAAAGCCGAAGAGGUUCUCAGCAGUAACAGCAGCAACGUCACACUGGGAGAUGACAGAAAAGAAGAUGAAGAGGAGGAGGUAGAGGAGGAGAGGAUGGGAAAGGAGGUGAACACAAGCUUCACAUGUUUGCCUCACUAUCCUGAAGAAUCUAAACAGCAAAACGGCUUUGCACCGGCUCAGGUCAGAGAACAAGAGAGGAACAAAAGACUCGAGCAGAAAGAACAUCAACCCUAGGAAGACAGAAGAUAACAGUAGGCAAAGGGUUAAAGGAUUCAUUCACCCCAGAACCCACAUGACCUCAAAAUAACAACAGAUUAAGGGAAUGGACACUAGGAAACUUCAAGAUUCAGCCAGGUGUUUUCCAGCUGUAUGAACCGCUAUGUGUGGAGCAAAACAACAUUUAAGUGGAUAUUCACUGAAAUCAUUUCCUUCUGUGUCCGAAACUUUUUGUGCUCUUUAGAGAUAAAGUCAUGUGGGUUUGGAACAACGAUGAAGACAAUGUUUUAAGUUCAGGGAGAAUUAUAUCUUUAACUGAUGUCAGAAAAUGUGCCUUUCUGUUUGGUAAGCUGUUACUUGACUGAAAAUGAUGAACUGCUGUUGCUUUACUUUGCUCAAAUGAUCAUUUUCAAAUUGCCAAAAAUGGACACACAGAGAAGUCAAAGAACACACUGACAUCACUUAAAAUAAAACUGUCUACCUUUUUCUACAAUAUGAGAAAUAAUUACUCAUCAAAUGGUAACAAAGACUCUAUGGACUGUUUUGAUUCUGGUUUUGUAAACAGAAUUAAAAACCUGCAUGAGUA